GCUCGGCGCGAGCCUCGAGCUGCGCGCCGCCCUGGGGAGGCUGCUCGCGCACGCAGCCGCGCACGACGCCCGGCGGGCGAUGCUCGCGGCGCUGCGGUGGUGGAGUUGGCAGAUCGCCUGGACGGGCGCCAACCUGGAGGCGUGCUUGCGGCUGGUGUGGGAGCGCCGGCAGGCCAAGGAGCAGCGCGAGGCCCUGCGCCGCCGUUCCGCGGGCAUGGGCGAGCAGGAACGCGCCGUGGCUGCGGCGGCCUUCGCGUCCUG